UAAUAUGGCCGUGUCUCAAACAUUCACGGUACGCAAUUUUGUGAAGGCACUCGACCAACACGCCAAAAAGCCUCUCCUUCAAGUUGCACAGACUGUUUCGGAAAAGUCGGAUUCCGAUUCGACGAAGCAAAAACUGCAAUCAGUUCUCGCGUCCUUAGAGAAACUCUAUAUUCCCGGUUCCAACCAACAUACACGAGAUGCAAUACAGCUUCUCUUGAGUCUUCAAAAUCAAAGAUUGGUUGAAGGACUUCCCCCAUCGAAGGACUCCGAGCAAGCCGCUUUAGAACAAGCUGUUCUCAACAAGGUCGCAAUUGUCGUUUAUUCCCAAGCCUUAGAUAUACUCCUUUCCCAAUGUCUCGAGGCCGAAAGCGAAAUGGAAUGGUGGAAUGAUGUUGAAAGGUCCCCAUCGAAUGUUGUUCAUUACCUUUUGCAAACCCUUCCUUCUCGUUUGGUAAACUUGACACGCACUUUCCGCGACGGUCUCAGGCAGCAUAACAUUCCAAUGAACAUUGACCAACUAAGGCCAUCAUCCUUGCGUCUUUUAUUUCCUUCCCGAGCUCUACGACCUUCAAUUCUCGUAACCUCGCUCUUCCCCCACCUCCAUCACUCCUCUCAAUCUCUGUCAUCCAUCCCAUCCCUUUCUCUAUUCUUCGACUCUCAGCAAACGCCGUCCGGUAAUCACGGUUGGAGCAUAACUCGCAUCAUCUCACAUCUCGCCGGAUCCAUACGUUCUCUAAUCGAACUACCUUAUCGACUGACGAAGGAAGAAUGCCGUUUUAAGAGACGCCAACUGGAGGCGAUUCGAAACGACCGAGCCUCCGCCCUUGGUCAACUUGCCCAAGAACGCCUUCGUUUGAGGGAUACCUUGGACCAUCCCCAGUUCGACCUAGAAUCUUUGAAGCCUACAGUGGAAGUCAUCGACGGAAUCAUGCGCGAGGUUACAUCCUCCGUAGCGAUGGAUUCCACUCUUCCAAUGUUACAGGCUUUCUGUUCUACGACCUUCACUGAGUUCAAAGACCUCCAUGUCGCACAUCUGCGAUCCGAACAACUGUUGAAGCCUUCGCGCUUAACCCGUCUAUGGCCUCGACUCAUUCUGGGUCCUCCGAUAUUUUUAUAUACCGUUGGCCGAUUGUAUCACUCCCGAGGAAGCCUUUUGCAACUUGCCCGAGAGUCAAAGGAAGUGCUUCAAGGAUUUUUGGUGGAUUGGCUUAUUGAACCAUUGAAGGGCGUCUUUGACACCGUACGUUCCAAGGACAAAAGCGUCAUUGUUAGCAAAGAAGGAGUCGAAGCCGAUUUUGAAUCCUUGGAGCGCAUGGCAAUAUCCCUCGCAAAAGACCACCUCAAUUACAACUCCGAUCAGCUACGCGGGCUCUCAGAGCAGGUUAGAGCAGGCGAUUUGACCCCAGUGAUGAAGUUGUACGAAGAGGACAUCCGAAGCCCGGUCAAGUCAGCUCUUGGAGGAACUCUUCUGAGGACACUGUUCAUUCAGGUUCAGAAAGCAAAGGUGGACAUAGAUCAAGCUCUUACAGGCAUUGACAGGUUAUUGAAAUCUCAAGGUUCGAUGCCGUUUGUCGUCGUUUGACGGUCAUGUACACCCUGACUGUUCAUCUUAGAACUAACUUUUGCUUUCGUUGGAGUCGCGCCGGCGUUCUCUAUUCUAUAUCUCACCGUGGGGUAUAUUCGACGGCUACUCGUGGGUGGUCGUGGCAAACAGCGAUACGGAGGGAAACAUCAACGAGCGCGUGUGCUCUUUGCGAUGAGACGAAUUGAACGCCUCCUGAUACACGACCAAACUACUCAAGUGUCCUCGCAAACUGCCGGUCUACUCAUGCUUUCUGUUGCGCAAUUACAAACAUACGCGGAAAAGUAUCUUCCUAAUAAUUCUAGAUUGAAAGAGGGAUUCCUAGAAGAUGUGGAAGAUUUGGAGGAUCCUGAGUUGGGUGGGAGAGAGAGACGGUUGGUGGUGGAGAGGAUGUGGAGGAGCUGGGGUAAGAUACUGGGAUUGGGAGAGAUCGCUGGGGAGGGCGUUAUGACCUAGUUUGGCUUUUCGUACGAGCAGAGGUUUACUACUAGAGCGGUGCUGCGUAGCAGUCAUUUUACCUGGACACAUUGACCACCACGGCACGACCAGACUC